AUGCCAGAGAAGAAGAAACGAGUUGCCAUCAUCGGCGCCGGGGCAGCAGGCAUGUCCUGCGCCUCCACCCUCGCCAACCACCCCGAUCGCUUUGAAGUCUCGCUCUUCGACAUCGCGUCCUACACCGGCGGCCAAGCAACGUCCAUCUCGCUGGACGAGUCGCGCUACAGCGCCGACUGGCUCAACGACGGCGUGCAGGGUGGCUCCCCGAUCUUCCGGCACACCUUCCACUUCUUCCGGCAGUACGGGUACGAGCCGCACCCGGUGCAGCUGCAAGUCGCCUUCGGCAAGGGCGUCGACAGCUUCUUCACGAACAUGUUCCCGUCGCCGCUGGUCGACGAGCUCGCGCCGGAGAUCAAGAAGCUCGGCCGCGUGCUGAAGUGGAUCAAGCGCCUGCUCCCGAUCCUGGGCCUCAUGCCUGUCAAGACGAUCUUGCGUCUCUUUCGCUUCAGCGACGCCUUCGCCAACAAAAUGGUCCUCCCCAUCAUGGCCCUCUUCCUCGGUACGGGCAACCAAACCCCCAACGUCUCCGCCGCCCUCCUCGAGCGCCUCUUCGACGACCCAAACAUGAAACUAUGGGACUACGACCCAGACACCCUCCUCCCCAACCAGCCCACCAUGUACACCUUCCCGAACCUCGGCGCCUUCUACCGCACCUGGGCCGCCGACCUGCGCGCCCGCGGCGUGCACCUACGCCUCAACACGCGCGUCGAGAUCCUCCACCGCGACGCCCGCGCCGUCAGGCUGCGCCCGCACCCCGCACAUCAUGACCCGGCCUCCGAGCCCCCACCCCAAGAAGUCCGCGAUAACUUUACGGAGCGCUACGACGAGCUCGUGUUGUGCCUGCCAGCAGACGAGGCGAAGGCGCUGCUGGGCGCGCACGCGUCGUGGCGCGAGAAAUACGUCCUCAGCGGCGUCGCCUUCUUCAACGACGUCACCAUCACCCACUCCGACGCCGAGUAUUUCAACUCCCUCUUCGAGACCCGCUACAAGCCCGAGCUCUGCGCCAAGGCGUCCUCCGCCGCCCGCGAGGACCAGAUCGCCACCGCGCGCACGCAGCCGCCGACCUGCCGCGCCGACGGCUGGGAGGGUUUCGCGCCCAUGUACUUCACGCACUCGUUCGCGCGCGACCCGGCCAAGAUCGAGAUGGGCUUUGACUGCUCGAAUUACCAGCAUCAGUUCCGCGCGGCCGUCGGCGAGGGGAACCCGCCGCAGCCGCCGGAGAGACACGUGUACCAGACGAUCUUCCUCAACGAGGAGGAGAAGAACCUGUGGACGUGGGAAAGUAUCGAUCCGGACAAGAUCAUCCACAAGAAGUGGUGGCAUCAGUUCGGGCAUCGAUGGCAGCAUUAUCUGCGGGUCGUGCCGGGAAUGAUGUUCAUCAAUGGGAAGAAUCGGACGCUGUAUGCGGGCGCGUGGACGAUGGUGAAUAUGCAUGAGAUUGCGUGCAUCUCCGGCAUAGCUGCUGCAUAUCGCCUCGGGGCGACAUAUGAGCCCUUUGAUGACUUUGCAGAGGAUCUGUUCUCAAAGUACUUGAUGGUCUCGCACGGGGUGCGGUACAAACGGAGUCAAUAG